AUGCUAACAGUACGUGCAACUGGUCUGCUAUGUUUGUUGGGUGUCGGCCUUGGCCUAGGUACAUUCCUCCUCUACAAACUCUACACACGCCUCUACUUGAAAUUCUCUUCCGCUGUCGAUCACAGCUUCAAUGCAUCUGCCAAAACUGCUGGCGAAACUAAAGUUUUAAAUGCUGAGACUCCAGAUUCUGGAAUUUCGUCGGACAUCCAGCAGCCACAACAACAACAACAACGGCACCAGCUAACGCGACGACGACGACAACAGCAGCAAGAUCAACAAGAUGCAGACGACAACAACUCUACUAAUGUUCCUCAGCAGUGGCGGAAGAGAAUUAUUGAUUGGCUUGCCAAAUCUUCAUUUUCGUUGGAGGAUACUGAAGUGGAUGCCUUCUUGCACGGCGAUGAAGAUGGUCAGGAAGAAGCUGGUGACGACGACGAUGAUGCUAACAGGAAUAGGAGGAGAUGUCGAAGUGGAAACAAAGGUGCCAGCAGACAGCACCACCAACAGCAGCAGCACGACCCAAUGGUGACCUCGUAUGCAUCUGCUUGGAGCAGCGGUUUCAUUUCUAACGGGGAAAACAAUGGUCCGGAGAACAAUCUCUACAUCAGCGAUGAUAUCGACAAUCAGGACGCGAUAGUCGGUGGCUAUCACGAUGACGAUAUGAUGAUGGAUGGAAUUGAUGAAGUGAGUGAAAAUGACGACGAUAUUGCUCACCAUGCUAAGCAUGGUUGUCAUCACCACUCACCAACAUCUGAAGGAAACAGACGACAGCGACCUCUUUCCAGCAGAACAACUUCAUCUAAGUCGAGUGACCUAGCAGAUGGGGAAGGUUGGGUCGGUGGUGGUCGAAGGGUGCUCAGAAGGAACUGCUACAGUUUCACAUCUCACAAAUCUGGCGACUCAUCCUUGUACGAGUAUCGUGAAUCACUGGUGAGCAAGGGCUACAGCGUCGACCUCGGUGAGAACCUGGAUGACGUGGUGCUGCCAGAUGACCAGGUCAACAUGAUGAUGGAUGAUGCAGGGAGUCAACAGGAUGAGUUGUGCGAUGCAAGAGGUCUCGUGAAGCACGGAGCAGUCGACCACAUGGACCAGCUGCAGUACGAGUUGAUGAAAAUUCGUAUGGACAUCGAUUGCAUGAACGAAAAGUUUGAUCAUCUCUACCAAGGAACUGAGGUGAGGCUGUACAUUAAUGGUUAUGAUUAUAAUUUGAAUGAUGCACUUGAAGAUGGUGAUUAUGGUUUGAUACGGUAA